AUGUGCUCGUCCUCUGAGAAUUCCGAAAUCGCUCGACCUACCAAACCUGGACGUGUAAAGAGAAGUCGUCCCGCCACUAUUUUCGAUGUAACAAACUUCGAAUGGGUACUGGAAAUGUCACUGAGGCGUCCACGUGCAUUUGUUGGCCUCUACAAGACAAUGAAAUCUCAGUAUCGAGUCCUUGAAAAACGACGAUGGGUAGAGAAGAAUCGAAAACUGUAUGACAGAGCACAAUUCGAAAAGUUCCUGAAGGAAACAUCCCAUUCCGAGGUUGAAAUGAUUGAGAAAACGAAGCUUUUGAAGGCGGAGAAAGACAUGGAACUUGCGUUAGGGGUGAAACGAGCGGACGCCCAGAGAAUGGAAAGAUUCGCCGUCAAAGAUCUGGCUCAUUGGUACGGCAUGAGCGCUAGAUACGCUGUACAGGCGGAUGCGCUUGCCAAGAAGACAUUAGAAGAGGCAAAAAUGAUCGAUGUAGCACUUGAAAAGCUCAAACAACAAGAAGCUGAGGCUGAAAAGGAGCGACGUAGAGCAGCUGAGGAGUUGGCUAUCCACAACACUGUCUGGGGAACUGUGAGGUCUAUAGUGCAGAGGAUUGAAGACAUAGAAUACGAGGAGAUCGAGAAAGAGCGCAUGGAAAUGAUUGCCGUAAAGAAUACGUUGAUAGAUAUGGUCAGCCAUAUUGAACGAGAUGGACUAGACGACGCACAGGAUCAUCCAGUGCAUGAAAUAGUCGAGAUAUUGUCGUCCACGAUAUCAGAAUGCGAUGCGGAUGCAUCAGAAACAGGAACUGUCGUUUCCAUGUCUACAGAUGACGUUGUCGUAAAGGAGGAGCCAUGGAUUAACAAAUGGGAACAUGAAAAUCCGUUUAGUCUUAUAACGUGUCUCGAUCUUGUGGACAAGGAGUGUAGUACGAUCUCCGACAAACGAAUUCCACCUAUUAUCCAUAUGCAGAGUCACAUACCUAUCACGUCAGCGUUUAUAUCAGUGAUUCUGAAAUUGGAUAUUCACUUCAAAUUGUAUUUGCCGUUCGAGCCACGUUUCAAGCGUCCUCGUCGUGUUGAUCGUGAACUGGACCUUCUACCUCCUGGAGAUUUUUCACCGUACAGUACUGAUGAGGAAUGGGAGGAGUACUAUGAAAAGAAGGAACGUUUUGAGAAUCACGAUCCAUUGAUGCAUCAGCUCUCAUGGAGCUCUUACGGUCGCGAUGAGGAUGACGGUGACGACUAUGUCUCGGGCCCAAUAGGACAACAUCACUGUGACUGCGCUGCAGCCCUUGAUCGUGCUAAGGAUUGGGUAUCGGAUUUGACUUCCAUGCCCAUACGAAGAUGCUACUCUGAAGAAGUGUUACCAAAAUGUAGCGAUGUUCCCACUGUUCCUACUCGACGCGCUCCAGCUCGGUGUCAUUCCGCUCUGUCUUGCUUAUCAUUGGAGCAGGUACCGAUCUUAGAGGCACCAGUUUCGGGUUUGGUACCAAUAGCAGCUGAACCAGAGCUUGAGAAACCUCGACGAAGGUCAUCAUUGUCGUUGCCACUGAAAUCGGAUUCGUCGCUCCAGAAGCGCUCCGCCUCUAUGCCAGCAUCAUGGAAGCCGACAGUCCAUUUGCCAUUCCGAAAUGUGUCACCAUCGAGUCUUUGUGAAUCAAGGCGUGAACGUUACAUGUACCCCAGGGCGUUGUCUGGAUACCGUUUCCGGGUCUAUGGUGUUGGAGAGCUGCUUACCUCAGAGCCACGACGCAGUCGUCGACGAGGACAUAGAGAGUUGGAGUUCCCCGAUCAGUGGGUCAAGAGAGACGAACGUCAUCGUCACGAUUUUCUAAAAUCAGCACGGUUUUGGUUGGAAGACAGAACACAGCGUAGUAUACCAGUAGUGUGGUAUAGUAGACCCGAUCGGAGUGUGUCCCGAUUUUCUCAUCUAGAGGAUCCUGAUAUGGAGAAGGAUGAUCAGAAUGUACAAGUGAUGCCAACUGUAACCGAACGACGUGAUUGCCCCCUAAAACAUCCUAUUCCUGUCUACAACCCACUUCCCACUUGGACGAUGCUCGCCGAUAUGUCACAAGGCGAAAAACAGAACGAUACCUCAUCAGAACGACUGGAGCCAUCCUCAUCAGAACCUUCAGCUUUCCAACCAGUGCUGCAAAGACCACAACCGAUCGAUCUGAACGCACUCGAAGUGGAACUGGAAACGGACGACGAGUCAGAUGAAAAGAUGCCGAAAUGGCCACUACUGAAAAAGCUUCGUGAGGCGGAACGGGAACUGCUUGCAGCCGGUAAUCCAAUUGCCCUUGAACGUCAGAAGAUUCGCGAAUACAAUCGUCAUCUACGUGCUGAAAUGGUCCAGGGACAAGAUCUACUCGAGGAACAGCUACGUCAAAUGCAUCAGUUGUAUCUGGAAUAUUUCGCUGCUCAACAACUCAUUUUAGCUCAGGAUCUCGAUGGCAGCAUCCUGAUUGGUGGAGGAAGGACAAUGGAGACCUCGCUCGUGCUCCCUCUCGUCAGUCAAACGACUACAGCUGAUUCGAGUUUAGAUUGUAAUGAGGGCGAGAGCUUGAUUGAGGUGUUGCAUGUCGAUCCUGAUGAAAUUGGUGAGGAACAGAAAGUUACUCCCUGCACUGACGCUAACAAGGAUGUGCCGAUGGAGGUGGGAGGCAGUUCUGAGUGUGUCGCAGGGCCAGAAACGACCACAUCUGCUGAUGAAGGAGUUGAACCGAACUCCGUAGAGGAACGAGGAUCAACAGAACCAACUGUAACUAGCCCAUCAGUGCCGGCCGCAUUGCCUCGAAAUGUCGUGUCACCAUCUUCUGAUGGUCAGACAAGGAUUCCAUCAGACGCUGAAAAGCUAUCUGGAGGUGAUGGCAAUGCAUCAUCACUCGAGCUUUAG